AUGUCGGACAGCUCAAGUGCAAGCGAGCCCACACGGGUCUCGAUCCUGGGCAAGGAAUCCAUCAUCAUUGACUACGGACUCUGGAAGAACUUCGUUGUACCCGACCUGCUGGAGAACGUAUCCUCGGGCACCUACAUCCUCAUCACUGAUACCAACAUUGGCGCCCUCUACACACCCACUUUCGAGGCCGCCUUCAACGAACACACCUCGAAGCUUGACAAUGCGCCGCGACUUCUUACCUACCAGGUUGCGCCCGGCGAGAGCUCCAAGAGCAGAUCGACAAAGGCCGCCGUCGAAGACUGGAUGCUCUCGCAGGGUGUCACCAGAGACAGCGUUGUCAUCGCCCUGGGCGGAGGUGUCAUCGGCGACAUGAUUGGCUUCGUUGCCGCUACAUACAUGCGCGGUGUGCGUUUCGUUCAGGUUCCCACCACCCUUCUGGCCAUGGUCGACUCUUCCAUCGGUGGCAAGACUGCCAUUGAUACUCCUCUGGGCAAGAACCUGGUCGGUGCUUUCUGGCAGCCUCAACGCAUCUACAUCGACCUCCAAUUCCUCGAGACUCUUCCUAAGAGAGAGGUCAUCAACGGUAUGGCAGAAGUUGUCAAGACUGCUGCUUUCUGGGACGAGGCAGAAUUCGCUACUCUAGAGGAGAACGCCGACGAGAUCAUGAAGGUUCUGGACGACAAGACCAAGAAGGGCCAAGGCAGAUUCACAGAGAUCGCCCAUAUCUUGAAGCGCAUUGUCCUUGGUUCUGCUCGCAUCAAGGCUGAGGUCGUUUCUGCUGAUGAAAGAGAGGGUGGCCUACGCAACAUCUUGAACUUUGGUCACUCGAUCGGCCACGCCAUCGAGGCCAUCUUGACUCCUCAGAUUCUGCACGGCGAGUGUGUCGCUAUUGGAAUGGUCAAGGAAGCCGAACUGGCUCGUCACUUGGGCGUUCUUGCUCCUGGUGCUGUCGCUCGUCUGUCCAAGUGCAUCUCGAGCUACGGCUUGCCCACUUCGCUCGAAGACAAGGUUGUUCGCAGAAGAACCGCCAACAAACACUGUCCUGUCGACCGUCUGAUCUCCAUCAUGGCUGUUGAUAAGAAGAACGCAGGUGGCCAGAAGAAGAUUGUCCUUCUUUCCGCUAUUGGCAAGACCUAUGAACCAAAGGCUAGCACUGUGGCUGACAAGGAUAUCCGUAUCAUUCUUUCUCCCAGCGUGCUCGUCCAUCCUGGCGUCGACAGUUCUCUCAACAUCUCCUGCAAGCCUCCAGGCUCAAAGAGUAUCUCCAACCGCGUGCUGCUCCUUGCUGCUCUCGGCUCUGGGCCCUGCCGUAUUACCAACCUGCUACACUCUGAUGAUACUCAGGUCAUGCUUACAGCUAUCAACAAGCUCGGUGGAGCAACUUACUCGUGGGAAGACAAAGGUCGCGUCCUUGUACUCAAUGGAAAUGGUGGUGAGCUCAAGGCCAGCUCCGACGAGCUCUACCUGGGCAAUGCCGGCACUGCCUCUCGCUUCUUGACUACUGCCGUUUCCCUCGCUAAGCCGUCUUCUGUCAAUCACACCAUCCUGACCGGUAAUGCUCGUAUGCAGGAAAGACCUCAAGGUCCCCUUGUCGAUGCUCUUCGCUCCAACGGUGUCGAGAUCGAGUACAUCGGCAAGCCUGGAAGCCGCAGUCUUCCUCUUCGUAUCGCCGCUGCUGGUGGUUUCGAGGGUGGCGUCAUUGAGCUUACUGCCAAGGUGUCUUCGCAAUAUGUUUCAUCUAUCUUGAUGUGCGCUCCUUACGCCAAAAACCCUGUGACUCUCCGUCUCGUCGGUGAUAAGGUCAUCUCCCAACCUUACAUCGACAUGACGAUUGCCAUGAUGGCUCAAUUUGGUGUUCAAGUCGAGAGAUCUAACACUGAAGCCAACGUCUACCACGUUCCUCGCAGGGCAUACACCAACCCUGCUGAAUACGAGGUCGAGAGUGAUGCCAGUUCUGCAACUUAUCCUCUUGCAAUGGCCGCCAUUUCUGGCACUACAUGCACAGUUCCUAACAUCGGCUCAAGCUCUCUUCAGGGCGACGCACGCUUUGCUGUAGAGGUACUACGACCAAUGGGGUGCAAGGUCAAACAGACUGCCACUUCUACCACAGUCACUGGCCCUCCCGUAGGCGAACUCAAGCCAUUGCCCGAAGUCGACAUGGAAACCAUGACCGAUGCUUUCCUUACCGCUUCUGUACUCGCUGCAGUUGCCAAGCCUAAUGCAAACGGCGCUACUACCCGCAUCUUGGGUAUCGCCAAUCAGCGUGUCAAGGAGUGCAAUCGUAUCAAGGCCAUGAAAGAUGAACUCGCCAAGUUCGGUGUUACAUGCAGGGAGCUCGAUGACGGUAUCGAGAUUGAUGGUCGCGGCUUCGACCUACAAGAAGCACAGGGUGGCGUCCACUGUUACGACGAUCAUAGAGUCGCCAUGAGUUUCUCCGUGCUCUCCACCAUGGCUGCCAAGCCCACUCUUGUUUUGGAAAGAGAGUGUGUCGGGAAGACUUGGCCUGGGUGGUGGGACCAAUUGUCUUUGCUCUUCAAGGUCAAGCUGGAAGGUGUUGAACCAAAGUCAUCACACUCUGCUGGUCACUCAGUCUCCUCGAGUAACCAGAAAUCAAUCUUUAUCAUUGGAAUGAGGGGUGCUGGCAAGACCACUACGGGCGGCUGGGCUUCUCGUCUCCUCGACUGGCCUCUGAUUGAUCUCGAUACAGAGUUGGAGCGAACUGCUGGCAUGACUAUCCCCAACAUUAUCAAGGAAAAGGGCUGGGAGGGCUUCCGCGAGCUUGAACUUUCCCUCCUCAAGACUGUGAUGAAAGAGAAGCCUACUGGCUACAUCUUUGCUACAGGCGGUGGUAUCGUCGAAGCAGCCGAGGCUCGUGACAUUCUUACAUCCUAUCAUAAGAACGGCGGCAACGUGCUCUUGGUGACUAGAGAUAUCAACCUUGUCAUGAACUUCUUGCAGAUCGACAAGACACGUCCAGCUUACGUCGAAGACAUGAUGGGCGUGUGGCUCCGCAGAAAACCUUGGUACGAGGAGUGCAGUAACUUCCACUACCACAGUCAGACAGUUGAGUCGAUGGACGGUGCCAAAGCCAAGAACACAAUCGAAGACUUCGGCAGCUUCUUGAGACUACUCACUAACCGUGAGUGUGCUUUGGAGCGCCUAAAGAGGAAGAAGGAGUCAUUCUUCGUCUCGCUGACCAUCCCGACGGUUGCUCCAUUCUUGUCUCGCCUCAAUGAGAUCUCAUUCGGAGUUGAUGUUAUCGAAUUCCGUGCGGACCUCUUGCAAGAUCCAUCUACAACUGACGGACGCCCGAGCCCCGAGUUCCUUGUCGAGCAGCUUGCCGCUUUGCGAUCAGGCAGCUCUUUGCCCGUCGUCUUCACUCUCCGUACAAAGGCCCAGAGCGGACGCUUCCCUGACGGUGCUGACGAAGAGGCAAUCAAGCUCUACCGAGUCGCACUUCGUAUGGGCUGCGACUUUGUCGAUGUAGAAUUGACCUCAUCGCCGGAGCUCAAGGAGUUUGUCAUUUUGAACAAGCGUAACAGCAAAAUCAUCGCAUCUCAUCAUGACCCCGCUGGCAAGCUCUCAUGGGCUACCGGUGGCAGUGCAUGGAUGCCGCACUACAACGCUGCGCUGGAAUAUGGAGACAUCAUCAAGAUUGUUGGUACCGCAAAGUCUUUGGAGGACAACUUUGCGCUUGCAGAGUUCAAGGCUUGGGCAGCAAAGACUCACCCCGAGAUUCCGCUCAUCGCCCUCAACAUGGGCGAGCACGGUAAGCUCAGCCGUAUCACGAACCGCUUCAUGACUCCGGUCUCAUCUCCUGCACUGCCUGUUGUGGCUGCUCCUGGCCAGCUUUCAGCCGCGGACAUCCGUCGCGGUCUUAGCCUGAUCGGCGAGAUUGAACCUAAGAAGUUCUUUCUGUUCGGUUCGCCUAUUUCUCAGAGCCGAAGCCCUGCCCUUCACAAUGCUCUCUUUGCACAGUCGGGACUUCCGCACGAGUAUGGCUUGUUCGAGACUACCGAGGCAAAAGACAUUGAGAAGACCAUCCGCGCCCCUAACUUUGGUGGUGGCAGUGUGACGAUUCCGCUCAAGCUGGAUGUCAUGGGGUUGCUUGACCACGUCGACCCAGCCGCCAAGGUCAUCGGUGCCGUCAACACCAUUGUACCUACCCAGACUGAUGACGACAAGACUAUCUUGACUGGCUACAACACAGACUGGCAGGGCAUGACUAUCGCCUUGCAGUUCGCUGGAGCUGAAGGUAACAACGGUGUGCUGAAAGAGGCAGCCAUGGUCGUUGGAGGUGGUGGUACUGCACGCGCCGCCAUCUAUGCCUUGCACAAGAUGGGUUACAGCCCGGUCUACCUGGUCGGCCGUAACACGACCAAGCUACAGACUUUGGCUGAUUCCUUUGACGCAUCCUUCAAUAUCGAGGUCCUGAGCGACACUGAGCAAGUUUCCAAGCUGUCAGUCGACAGACACCCAGUUGUAGCCAUCGGCACCAUCCCCGGCGAUUCACCAAUCGAUCCUGCAAUGCGCGAGACUCUGUGCUCGUUGUUCGAGGCCGGCAACAACCCUCGCGAUAUCCCUGGUCCCGAUGACAGAGCCAAGGUCCUUCUUGAGAUGGCCUACAAGCCGCGCGUGACAUCGCUGAUGCAACUCGCUGACAACAGCGGUUGGAAGACUGUCCCCGGCCUCGAGGCUCUGGUUGGACAGGGCGUCCACCAGUUCAAACACUGGACUGACAUCACUCCUCUGCACGACUUCUCCAGAAAGGCUGUACUUGGUGAUGAGGCAUAA